AUGCCAUCAGUAGUAGCCCUCGACCUCUGCCAGCUUUUUGCCCGGUCCGUCGCUCGGACGCCACACCAGCUGGCAGUCGACCAUGAGAGCGGCUCGCUCACCUAUACCGAACUCGAUGUGGCCUCAUCGAACUUGGCACGGAAGCUACAGCAAGAAGGAGUAGUACCUGGCGAAGCGGUGCUCUUACUUACCGAGCACGGCACCCGGAAUAUUGUCGCGCUGCUGGCCAUCCUCAAGGCCCACGCCUGUUAUGUCCCUCUGGACCGCAGCUCGUGGUCGUCAGAGCGGAUCCAAGCAGUACUGGACGGAACAGACAGCCGUAUUCUGAUCAACACAACCGUCGAGCCGUUCGAAAGCCCGCGGCACACAGUCAUCCAUCUGACCAGCGCCGAUGUGACCGCUCUAUCGACGGACCGCAGCACCACCAAGGCUAUUCCCGACAUCGCUCCCGAAGACCUCGCCUGUCUGAUCUUCACCAGUGGGAGCACAGGUGUGCCCAAGGGCGUCAUGAUUCCACACCGUGCGGUGGCCAAUUAUGCCCAGACCAGUCCAUUCAACAUGGAUGUGCAGCCGGGAGACCGAGUACUGCAUAUCUUGUCGGUAUCCUUUGAUGCCUCGACGGGCAUGCUCUUUUCCAUUCUAGGCAACUCGGGCAUCGUGGUCCCUGCCACAAUGGACACUCUAUUCGACAAAGCGCAGACCUGCUCGACCCUCGCGUCAACGCCUUCAAUCCUGGCCACGCUACCCCUACCAACGGCAUUACCAGACAGCUACCCAUACGUCCAUACUAUUCUGUUGGGUGGAGAGUCGCCACCAGCCCCGCUGUUGUCCAGCUGGCUUGAAUUCGGCGUCCGCAUCCUGAACGCAUACGGUCCCACGGAAACCACCUGUGCCUCAUUGAUGCAGGAGGUAGAGGUCUGCCAGGAAACGGGAAUGAUCAAUCGGAGUAUCAUCGGUCGCCCGAUGCCCAACGGACCGGUAUACCUGCUGCAGCCGGAUACUCUCCUCCCCGUCGAGGAAGAAGGCGAAGAAGGUGAGAUUGCGAUUGCAGGCGUCGGCCUGGCCCACGGCUACUACCGAAAUGCCGCCCUUACAGCCGAGAAGUUUAUCGACUGGCACGGUAAGCGAGUCUAUCGCACCGGCGACCAAGGACGCUGGACCCGUCGUAACGAUGGCCAGCGGGUGGUGGAGUUCCGCGGCCGCAGUGAUCGAACCGUCAAAAAUCGCGGAUUUCUGGUCAAUCUGCCUGCAGAUGUCGAGGAACCGCUACGCCAGAUGGGCUUUGGUGUCACCGACGUCUAUGCUUCGCUGAUCAACGGUCUGUUGGUUGUGCUGGUGACCCCGGCCACUGCCGAUCUGGACGGCCUGCAGAAUGAGGCGCAGCGCCGACUGUCUUCCUUCCACAGGCCGGGUCGAUACAUGGCUGUGGAUCAGUUUCCACUGUCAGCCAACGGAAAGAUUGACACCAAGGCGAUCGAGAACAUGCUAAAAGAGUACCAGGCGCGUCUCUGCGAGGGCACGCAAGAUGAAGAUACCGUAGGGGCAGAGCGUCCUACGGAGCGCGAGCAAGUCAUAGCCGAGUGCAUGUAUACAGCGUUGGGACUGGAUCUCCCGUCUGCGUCGACGUUGAGAGAUAUCAAUUUCUUUGCCAUGGGUGGAAACUCCCUUGCUGCUCUUCGGUUCACCUCCUUGUGCCGUGAACGGGGCAUCCUUCUGACUACUCGUGAUCUGUACCUGCAUCCGACGGUCAGAGGCAUCCUCCCGUAUGCCCGCGACCUCCUUCGGUCUGGCCAGUCGGUAUCCGACAAAGAGGAGCAAAUCAACGACCGAGUAUCUCUCAAGGCCGAGGUCGCUGCUGCACUUCCACUCUUAGACGGCAAGGUUCCAUCCGACAUUGAGGUGGCUCCGUUGACACCCCUCCAGCUAGAGCUGAGCGCUCCCAUUUUCCAAAGCGAUGGGACCAACACGAAUCAGCUGCUGCAAUCAUACCCCUUGGCCAUGGCUGAACCCAUCUGCAAUGCAUGGAGACAGGUCGCACUCAGUGAGCCCGUCUUCCGGACGCAAAUCGCCCUGGAUAUCGGGCCCGGCGUGCAGAUCGUUCACGCACAGCCACGGUGCCAGCCUCAGGAAGUCGUCUUUCAUGGCCGGCAAGACUACAACGCUGCAUUGAGCAAUCCUUCUCGUCUGGCUGUCGGACUGGGUAUGCGUUUGGAGUUUAUGAAAUUCAUCCCCGAUGACGACGAUGACGACGAGGGUGAGGUGACCGUCGUCUGGACGGCCCAUCACAGCCUGAUUGAUGGUUACUCCCUCGGACUCAUUCUGGCUCGGGUGCAGCAGGCAACCCAGGGUGUUACCCCGUCCCGUGUCUCUUCCUUUGUGGACGCAGCGUGGAACCUGCAGAGUGUGCAGAAGCAGAGAGACGCCGAGGCACGGCGGUUCUGGGAGGAGUAUCUGCAGCCGGUGCGGUCAGUCGCGAAAACAGAGGCAAUCACAAAGCCGGUAGCGCAGCCGUACCUCGCUCAGGAGUUGCUGUUCAAGCAUGUCGGCGGCGUGGACGAGCUGCACCGACUCGCAUCCAGCUGCAGUGUCACCCUGGCGGCCGUCUACUACACCGCGUGGGCCAUGACCCUUGCUCGGACGACCAAGUCCAACUUGGUUACUCUGGGAGUGGUCUUCUCCGGUCGAGAGGUUCUGCCGGAUGAUGCGCACGCCGUCGGCCCAUUGAUGGCCACUCUGCCCCUGGUAUGCCACCUUGAGGGAGACGCAUCCAUUGAGCGCCAGCUGCAGACCACGCUCGAAGGUCUGGCAACCAUUAGCGCCUACGCAUGGUCUGCCCCAGAUCAAAUCGGGUACCGGGUCGACUCUCUGCUGGCGACGCAGUAUGACUUCCCAGCCUACGACCAACCCAUCCCGCCCCACACGGAGCAGUUCUUUGAGAACACGACCUUUGCAUUGAGUCUACUGGUCGAAGCUGAUGCUCGUUUCCGUUUGGUCUACAAUCCUUCCGUGCACGGCGAGCAGACGAUACAGCAAUAUGCCGAAACUUUCCAACAGGCCCUCAAGACGCUGGUGGGUGAUUCGACAAUGGAGGUAUGGCUCACAGGGCCCGCAAAGACACCUCUUGUGAUCGGCCAAGCCUCUGAUAUCGAACAUGACAGUGUGCCGAAUGUGGCGUCGGCGUUCUAUGCGUCGGUCGACCUCCACGGGGAUUUGAUAGCCGUGGACGGACCAGGAGGCGCGUUAUCCUACCGGGCACUGGAUCAAAAGUCCAACGCGGUGGCCUCGCAUAUUGCGAAACACUUCCCCGGCGCUCAAGUCAUUGCCAUUCACGCCGAUGCAACCCUCAGCUGGGUUGUCGGUAUCCUGGGUAUCCUGAAAGCGGGCUGUGCAUACUGCCCUCUCGAUCCUGCGUACCCCAUGGCGAGACGCGUCGCGGUGUACGAGCAAAGCGGUGCCAGUGCACUCUUGAUCCCUAAUGCCUGCACGUCGUCCGCGGCCAUCCUGCCAAUAACCGGCAUUCGUGUCUUCACGAUUCAAGAAACCGAGACAAGCGACACAAGCAGGCAGCCACCGUUGCUCGCGAACGCAAACGAGGAUGCCCUCAUCGUCUUCACCUCCGGCACGACCGGCCGCCCCAAGGGGGUCCCGAUCAGCCACAGGGGCCUUCUGGCUUUGCAGUCAAAUCCCGAAGCCACCAUGUUCAGCCGUCCCGGUCGUCGUAUUGCUCAGUUCAUGUCGCCUGCGUUCGACUACUGCGCCAACGAGAUUUUCUCUGCGUUGCUCCAUGGCGGAACCUUGGUGCUUCGUGACCCGUCCGACCCUCUGGCCCAUCUGGCCAAGGUCGAUGUCGUGCUGAAUCCGGACGACUAUCCUAACCUCGACAUGGUCUAUGCAACAGGAGAACCUGUCACUCCCGGCUUGCUCGCUCGGUGGGGCGAGGGUCGCGCAUUCUACAAUGCCUAUGGUCCUGCAGAGUGCUCUAUCUGUACGUCGUUUACGCGCCUGGAACCCGGCCAGCAGGUCACCAUCGGAAACACCAUUCGCACCGCGCGCAUGUACAUCUUGGACCAGGAUCUAGAGCCCGUGUCGGAGGGCCAAACGGGAGAGAUCUUCCUGGCCGGACAACAGGUGAUGCGAGGCUACGUGGGAGACGAUGCCAAGACUGCUUACAGCGUGCUACCGGAUCCCUGGCAUCCUGGUGAACGGAUGUAUCGCACAGGCGACUACGGCUAUUGGAAUGCAGACAGGCAGAUUGUCUACAUUGGACGGCUGGACCGGCAGGUCAAAAUCCGCGGCUUCCGCGUCGAGCUCGCGGCGGUCGAGCAGAAGAUGUACCAGGAGGAGCCACGGCUCACUCAGGCGGCUGCGCUCGUUGUCAAUGAUACUCUGGUGGCGUUUGUCAUGCCGCACGACGUCGAUGUCAGUCGUCUGGAGCAGCGACUGCGUGAGUCGCUCCAGCCCAGCUGGGUGCCCCAGGUGAUUACCGCGCUUGAGGAGUUCCCCUGGACGGCCAACCGCAAGGUCGAUUAUCGCAAGCUGGCGGAGAGAGCCACCCUGACCCGGCCGGAGGACGCCCUGCCGCAGCAAAAGACGAGUUUAGGGACAAUGGCAAAAGAUGCUUCUAUCGCAGACGGAAUCGCAACCCUGUGGAAGAACGUAUUGCGCCUGCAGGCGGGCGGCAGCUCUCGCAAGCUCUGUGAAGAGGAUGACUUUCGUGCGCUGGGUGGCCAUUCCGUGCUGCAGAUGAUGCUGGCGGCUCGCCUCGGCAGCACCUUUGGCAUCUCCGUGUCGAUGCGCGAUGUGAUUGAGCAUUCCACCCUAGCCGAGCAGGUCGAGCUGGUGCGCCGCAAACGUCAGGCCUCGACGGCCAAGCCGCGGACCAUCUGCGACGCGUUUCCCGAUCACUGCCUGUCGCCGUUGGAGCGCCAGACAUGGUUCCAGUACCUGAUCGCUUCCGACGUGCGGACCUUCAAUAUUCCCGUCCUGCUGCAUCUCGGCGGGACCUUUGAUCGUGACCGUCUGAUCCAGUCCUUCAACGCUGUGUUGGCGUCACGCAAGGUCUUCCGCACCAACUUUGUUGAGACCUCGCUGGGCCCGUGCCGAAUCUUCCGGGACACGCCGCCACGAGUCCUCCUGUGCGACGGCGCCCUCGACAUGACCAAGGAGAUCGAUCGGGGGUUUGACCUAGCUCGUGAUGAGCUCAUCCGCGUCUUCCUGGACCGUCGCACCCUCCUCGUGGUUACCAGUCACGCCGUCGCCGAUCUCAACAGCGUGCAGAAUCUGCUACAGGAAGUCUCUGCCGUGUACGCGGGACGAACGACCCCAACUGCGGACCGAUGGCACUAUCCCCGGGCCCGGCCUGGUCACUAUCUCGAGGGCGCUCCCCAGCGCCUGGACAUUCCGCGGUAUCCCGGCCAAAUGACCUUUGAAGGCCGCUCGCGAGUCUCCGAGUUCAAAGGAAACCUCGUUCGACGCGUCGUCGCUUUGGGACAGGAAUACGGCCUGAGCCAGCACCAGCUGGUCUGUGCCGCCGUAGCGCAGACACUCCAGUGGCUCGCCGGCUCCAACGACGUCGUGCUCGGUUCUCCGUGGGCCAACCGCGGGCACGCCGUGGAGCAAGAGUCGAUGGGUCUAUUCCUCGAUCGCCUGCCUCUUCGCUUCAAAACACCGGUGAAUGCAGACUGCGCCACCAUCCUGCAGUCUACCCGCGAAGCGAGCCAAGCGGCCGUCUGCAACGCCAUUCCGUUCGAGCAGGUCCUUAACCUCCUCCACCUGCCGCGGACCAUCCGGCAGCACCCGCUCUUCGAAGCCAUGGUCACCUUCCAUCUCAAGGGGGCCGUGGAAGAUUGUCUCGCCAUCGAGGGUCUGGAGGUGAAGCGCGAGAUGUGCUUUGCAUCGGGGGCCAAGUUCCUCCUCAUGUUCGAAUGGACCGAGAUCGAGACGGACCACUGGACGCUCCGCAUCGAGUACGACGAUCACCAGCUGGACGACGGGAUCAUCACCACGAUCGAGGAGAGCAUCCGGUGUGUCCUCGAGGGGCUGGCCGAUCGCCUGUCUCGAGCCGCCAUCCACGAGCGCUUGAAUGCGAUGAACAAGACGGCCAAGACCAAAGUCGAUUGGAACUUCUACCGCCGCCUGGUGGGGAUUCUGCGGCGCGAGAUGGCCACCUGCUUGGGCGUCUCGCUGGAUGAGUUUCCCUGCUCGGUCUCCUUCUUCGAGGCAGGCGGCGACUCGAUCCAGGCCUGGCGGUUGAGCCGGCAGUUGAAAAGGGUUGGGCUGGAGGUGCCCAUUUGCACUAUUUUCGAUCAUCCGACGGCGCAGGAUUUGGCUCAGCGUCUUUAUCGUCAGGUUCUUUAG